UUAGGAAUUUGGACAAAAGCGAAAGUUGUCAGCAAAUCGGACAACGCAAUUGUUAAAAAUUUUCCUCCGUGGAGAGCCGAGUGGGAUCGGGAGAUCAUUGCCCCGUCCGAGAUCAGGAAAGUAACGCCAGAAGAAACGCUUAUUCCACGCCGUUUUGCAAACAACAAGUUUCCAAACCUAAAGAAGCUAUUCCAAGGUGAUGUUGUUUACGUUAACGGUAAAGAAUUGAAGGUUUUGCGGUCAGAUCCUAUCAGGAAAGUGAAAAAUGUUACAACUUUGGAAUUCUGGUACAUCUGAGCACAGUAUAGAAGACCAAGACGUCGUUAACAGAAACCAUACAGAGGGACAUUUAACCUCUUUUAAGUUCUACUGAUUUGUUUGUCAAUAAAUUUAAUUUGAAAUUAAAAGCUUAAAAAUCUGGAGGUGGAAAACUGACAGUCUCUUCAAUUUAAUGUAAUUAUUUUGACAAAUCAUUAUUGGGAACGACAUAUUAUGUUUACAAUAUACGAACUCUUUUAAAAAUUUUCCACUGUACAUCAUUUACGAUACAUCACUUUAAAUGAUGAUAACAGGUGGCAUUGAAUGACAAAAAUGAAUAAAUAAUUCAGUUAGCUGUAGAAAUAUGCGGAUUUGGAUUCCUUUUUCCAGUUUCUUUGUCUGUUUACAAUGAGAGUGUAAAUUCUUGAUUUUAAUUCAUCAACCCUUUCCUUCUAUACUCCAAAGUGAAUUUUUACAAACGUUAAAAUUGGUUCUAAUUUUUGCGAUAUUUACAGGCAUUUAAUUAAUAUUCUUGGCUUUGUCUAUUGUUAAUCACGAAUGAAAAAGUUCUGCCAUCACAAUAGACAAAACUUGCAAAACAUUUCACAUUUUCUAUACAUUCUUCUUUAACUUUUCAUUUUUUUUUGACACCUCUGGUUUUGUUGUGGUUCUUUAAACUUUUUUUUUACAAAAAUUACAUUAUCGCUUUGCUCGUGAAAUUUAUACUUCAAGCGUAGCACUUCCUUGGUUCCGGCGUCUGUCACGCCUCCUUAAAUGAAAUAUAUACCCCCCUGCAAGGAUCAGGAGUGAUA